AGAGCCACGUACAUCCGCCCUGCGUGAACCAAAGGAAAAGGGCUUCGCUGAGCUUCGCGAUCAUUGAUGAGAAGAGCGGCUUGAGUAUUAUCAGUUUGGAUAAGAAUUGAGUUGAGUCCGAACGACCGAGCGAGCUUGAUGCCAGUGAGGAUACCCCAGAGCUCCGCUUGAAGAGGGUUAGAGAUGCCAACAACUUUGUUAAAACCCAUAAGCCAACCACCAUCGGCCGAACGGAUAACACAGCCAACAGUCCCUUCAUUCGUGGUGGGAUCAAUAGCAGCGUCAGUGUUAAUGCAACACCAACCAUCAGGAGCGGUUUCCAUUUAACUGAUUCUUUAGUACGAGCAGGAGAAGGAGAAUUGGUCGGAAUGCAAUUAGCAAAAUAAUUGGUCCAAGCAACACUGCAGUUCCAUGUCUCGUUCGUCGAAGGGUAAGUGGUAAACACGUGGGGGGUUUAUCUGUUCUCUUUAUCCCAAUUUAAGAAUAAGAAAAAGGGUUUAUUCGGUUGUUCUUCGAGAAUUAUUUCCUCUUAGGGCGUCUGUCUCAGUGGGAUCUCUAAGCCAGUAGAAGAUGAAUGCCCCAAUUAUUGAUCCAUUGCAAGGAGAUUUUCCAGAGGUGAUAGAAGAGUAUUUGGAGCAUGGGGUUAUGAAAUGCAUUGCCUUUAAUCGCCGUGGUACCCUUCUCGCCGCUGGAUGCUUUGAUGGAAGUUGUGUUAUUUGGGACUUUGAGACCAGGGGCAUCGCCAAGGAGCUUAGAGAUAGAGACUGUACUGCUGCUAUAACAAGUGUCUGCUGGUCAAAGUAUGGCCAUCAAAUUCUUGUGUCUGCUGCUGACAAGUCAUUAACACUUUGGGAUGUUGUCAAUGGUGAGAAGAUUACUCGUAUCGUUCUGCAACAAACGCCUUUACAAGCUCGUUUUCAUCCGGGUUCCUCAACACCAUCUGUCUGUUUAGCUUGCCCCCUAUCAUCUGCUCCAAUGAUUGUUGACUUAAGUACUGGAGGCUCAACUGCACUCCCAGUCAAUGUUUCCGACAUGGGAAAUGGUGUUGCUCCACCUUUUCGUAACAAGAUCCCUGAUGGAACCUCUUAUACACUCACUGCUGCCUGCUUUAACAAGAAUGGAGAUCUGGUAUAUGUGGGGAACUCCAAAGGUGAAAUACUUAUAAUAGAUCACAAAAAUGUCAAAGUACUUGCUAUAGUUCCAAUUUCUGGCGGUGCUAUGAUCAAGAACAUUGUUUUCAGCAGAAAUGGACAGUACCUCCUUACAAAUUCAAAUGAUAGAGUGAUCAGGAUUUAUGAAAAUAUUUUACCCUUGAAAGAUGGAAUUAGAGCUCUUGAUGACCUUAACAAGACCAUCAGAAUGGAAGAUACUCUUGAGAAGCUGAAGGCUGUUGGAUCCAAAUGCUUGGCUCUUUUUCGGGAGUUUCAAGAUUCAAUCACGAAGAUCCAUUGGAAAGCACCAUGUUUCAGUGGUGAUGGUGAGUGGGUAAUAGCUGCUUCUUCUAUCAAAGGAGAGCAUAAGAUGUACACAUGGGACCGUGCUGGUUAUCUUGUAAAAAUCCUUGAAGGCCCAAAGGAAGCCAUGUUUGAUUUAGUGUGGCAUCCUGUCCACCCUAUUAUUGUCUCUGUUUCCUUGACUGGCUUGGUUUAUAUCUGGGCUAAAGACUACACUGAAAACUGGAGUGCAUUUGCUCCUGAUUUCAAAGAGCUUGAAGAAAAUGAGGAGUAUGUGGAAGGAGAAGACAAGUUUGAUCUGGUGCCUGAAACCGAAAAGGUGAAAGAAUCAGAUAUAAAUGAAGAUGAUGAAGUUGAUAUUGUGACAGUGGAGGAGGAUCCACUCAGUGAUUCUGAUAUGUCACAAGAGGAGUUACGCUUCUUGCCUGCCACUCCUUGUCCUGAUGAUCCCCAACAGCAGGACAAAUGUGUGGGAAGUUCGUCAAAGUUGGUUGAUAGUAAUCAUUCCGGAUCAUCUCUCUCCGAAGAGAAUGGACAGAAUGGACAAGCAGCCCACGAUGCCUCAAGUCCACUAGAGGAGGAUACGGCCGGAGGCAAUCAGUCGAAAAGAAAACGGAAGCUUUCAGAGAAGGGGUUGGAGUUACAGGCCGAGAAGGUCAGGAAGCCAUAAAAGCCUUGAAAUCUUCUGGUAGGUUAAUGAAAACAAAAUAUAAAUCCGUUGACGAUCAGGAUAAUGGCAAUGGUUUAUAUGCGGAUGAUGGAUCCGAUGAUUACUAGUAGAUCAGAAUUGUCCUAUAUUUGUCAUUCGGACAGGUGAAUGGAAAAGGAAGAGUGAAGAGAGAAUGAAAAUCAUGUAGAUGGACAGCUUAGAGCCAUUUUAUCAAAAUUUCCCUUUUAAGAGAUUGAGUUUAUUAUCCAUAGAUGCACAUAUUACCUAGGUGGAUGACCGAACCCUGCUGGAGCAACGUUAACUCAAGUUUUUGCUAUAUUAAUCAUGGUAGGGCAAAAGGUCAGUUCAAUACCUUAAACACCAGCAUAUAUGGUGUAGGGGUGCUUAUUUGUCUUAUAAUCUGUUUAACUUGUAUCACUGA